AUGGCCAGCCUCCCAGAGCCCGCAAAGGAUCAGCCCUACUGGAACCUCUCUGCACUCGAAUCCGGCUUCAUCGACCUUCCACACGACUACCUCAUUGAUACUGCUCCUCCUGGCUCACGCAAGACUGUCCCUUGUCUCUCCUUCCUUCUCCGCCACUCCAAAUCCUCUGUCAACUUCGUAUUUGACCUUGGAACCCGCAAAGACCUCUCUUCAUUCACUCCCCAUUAUCUCGAGCGCAUCGCCGAGAUGACCUUCGUCGUCUCCGUCCCGAACGACGCCGCGGACUCGCUCGCCAAGGGCGGACUGAAGCCCACGGACAUCGACCAGGUCUGCCUCUCCCACCUCCACUUCGACCACAUCGGCGACCCCACACCGUACACCGCCGCGACGUUCCUCGUCGGCGCCGGGAGCCGCCCGCUCCUCGAGAACGGGUACCCGCACGACCCGACGUCGCUCUUCGACUCGCGCCUGCUCCCCCCGGGGCGCACGCGCUGGCUCGACCCGGACGCGGCGUCGGAAGGGUGGGCGCCGCUCGGGCCGUUCGCGCGCGCGCUCGACCUGCUCGGGGACGGGAGCCUGUUCGUCGUCGACGCGGGCCCGGGGCACGUCGCCGGGCACGUGAACGCGCUCGCGCGCACGUCCGCGGACGGCGGGUGGGCGUUCCUCGCGGGCGACAGCGCGCACGACUGGGCGCUGCUCCGCGGGGAGGCGGGCGUCGCGCGGCACGGCGCGUUCGGGUGCGCGCACCGGGACAAGGAGAGGGCGGAGGCGCACAUGGCGGACAUCCGGAGGCUGGUGGAGGGGUACCCGCGCGUGCGGGUGCUGCUGGCGCACGACGUGCCGUGGUACGAGGAACAGGCUCGGAGCGGGAAGAAGGGGUUUUGGCCCGGGGUCGUCGAGUCUCUGUGA